CAAAGCCUGAAAGGAAAGCUGUGUUUUCCUGUGUGAGCUGAGCUGUUUCUGAGCAGCCUGUAGGAGCCGCUGCGGGUUUUCUGGACUCUUCCAGCCAGUUAAAGAUGCAGCCUCCCAGCUCAAGUCUGAACGCGUCAUUUUUUGCAGCGGAGGCCGAAAAACGUUCACGUCGUCAACGUUACAGCGCUGCGUUAACGUGACAGACUUUCAGUCCUCCUUUCAUCCGCUCACAGCGAAUCCUGGAUGGAUCUGCAGCUCGUGCCAGUUUAGCUUCACACCCGCCAUGUAACCUGGUCCCGGUGCCAUCUUUUCUCCUUACGGAUGACCAGGCGGGUCCGCGGAUCCGCCGCCCUGCAGGCUGCCUGCGGAGCUCGACGGAAUCCGAGCUGCUCGGGAUGAAAGCGGUGGAAAUGCUCGCUGUUUGGGGCUCAGGAGAGUCAUUUGGCCGUGAUGUGAACGCGGACGAGGCGCGUCAAGCCGCGGAUGACGGUAAAACCAUGCACCUGGGCAGUGCAUCAUAACCUCCCUUGCCUCUUGCCUCCAACCUGAUCGCCUCUCCUCAGCCAUCUUUCCUCACCUCUUUCUCCACUCUCCCUUGUUCGCUAUGACAACCACCCUGGAGACGCUUCUGGCCCAGCCCGACCAGGAGCCAAGCCCAGAGCGACUGGAUGGCUGUGAGGUCACUGGUGGGCACUACAAUGUGGUUCCCUCUGUCGUCUGCUCCAUGUGCUGUCUCUUCGGCAUUAUUUACUGCUUCUUUGGGUACCGAUGCUUCAAAGCGGUGAUGUUCCUGACGGGCCUGAUGUUCGGCUCCGUCGUCAUCUUCAUGCUUUGCCACAAGGAGCGCGUGUUGGACACCCAGCUGAGCGUGGAGGCCUCAGUGGGCAUCGGCCUGGGCAUCGGGACGCUUUGUGGCCUGGUCACCAUGCUGGUUCGCAGCGUGGGCCUCUUCAUGGUGGGCCUGCUGCUGGGCCUGCUGGUGGCUGUGGCCACCCUGGUAGGCAUGGAGGAGCUGUCCGACAGCCCGCCGCGCUCCGUCUGGGUGCCCCUGGGCGUGCUGCUUGGCCUAGGCAUGCUGUUUGCUGUGCUCACACUGCAGUGGCAGCGUCUCUUUACCACGCUGUCCACAGCAGUGUUCGGCGCAGCAGUCAUCACAGUGGCAUUGGACUAUUUUGUGGAGCUCUUCGCCCUCGUGUUGUAUAUCUACGAGCGGAUUAAAGCAGAAUCUGGCAAGCCGGUGUGCUGGCUGACUUGGGUGGUGCUCGGAGUGUGGCCUGCCCUCACUCUACUGGGUGUCAUAAUCCAGUGGAAGGUGACCGCUGGGGGAUACUCCCAUACCAAGAUAAUCAUCAGCCGACAGCAAAGGAGGAUGCAGGUGAUGCGGAUUCGUCAAAGGGACGACCGCUACCGCAACAAAAAGAAGAAAAAGCAGCAACAAGGUUCUUCAUCCCACAAUCACCAACUGGCCAAGCAACUUCACACUGAGCCGGCCUACCGCCGCAAACCAAACCCCAUCCGUCGCUACGACACGGAUGUUCUCUCUCCGAGCUACAUCCAGAGUUUCAGAGACCGGCAGGUGCAGGCACAGCCUUUCCCAGGCCGGCUGGUUGGAGGCUCCCACACUGCUGUAGAGAUGGGGUAUGACUGUGGCUCCACAACUCCCCUCACUACAGCAGCAGGACCUUCUCUACAAGUUUGACCACUUCCUGACUUUCUUGGAGCUUCAACACACAAUUUAACCACAGAGACACCAGACUCCAAGUCACUACUCCACUCGGGGCUAAUGACUUGAUAAACAGUCUAGGAUUAGCCACUAAUCGGACUGGAUGAAGCCUUUAAAUUGCUAAAUUUGGGAUUAUAAACCUUAUCUUCCUGCUGGAAACAUCAUUGUGGUGCAGAGGUUUGUGUAACCUCAUUUUACUCUUUUUCUGUACAUGCAAGUGCACAGAUGCAUGCACACUUAACAGAAACACUCAUUGCAGCUACAACCUAAAAGGUUAACAUGGAGACCUGAAGCAGCCUGCUGGAACCAGCCCCGACAUCUGUGUCCUCAUCUCAAGUCAAACUAGAUCAGGUAUCGGGACUUCUCUGCAAACCCACCUCAGGUUCUAAUGCAGGAAUCAUUUGAAGAUACAAACUACCAUUUGCUGCUGCAGUAACUGAUACUGUAGAAGCAAGCAGUUCCUAAGCCUGUAGGCCUCAUGAAAGUUCUGAAAGGUCAUCUAUAAAGGGAAUUAGUGACCCUUUAAUGCAAACCUGGAUCCCGUUUUUCCUGCUUUCUGUGCCAUCUGGACUACAAUUAUCCUCUUCGAGAGGAGAAAAGACAUCAUUAAUGUCAUUUAUAUAGAGGGAAAACCCUUUGUCACCCUUGGUGCUGGACAAUACUCUACUUCAAGCGUCAAACUGCUCUAUAAAGGCCAGGGAAUCUGUUUAAAGGGGUGCCUUGCCCCUCCUUGGACUGUACACGUAAGCAACAGGAGGGGGGUUACUGGCAGAUCUCCCAUCAAUGGCUUGUUUUUGUGUUAAAUGUGAGGCUUUUUUCGGGGAGGUAGCAACAGAGCUACACAAAGCAGGGUUUAAAGUUGGUUUGUUGUCUUCACAGAUGCCUAGAUAGUGAAGCUAGAAAGCUGUAUUUACACUGGCACCUCGGAUGAGAAUUCUUCCAACACGAACAGAAAACAAGAUUCAGGAUUUUAAAGUGCUGGUAAACAGUCUGUGACAAUUUAACAGUCUUUGUUUAGUGAUUGCUGUACAAACAG